AUGAUCUACGACGACAACUUUUCAGAAAAGAAGCGACAAAAGAAUAUACUUGCAUUCUUGCAGAAUGGCAAAUACCACUUCUUGAGCAGUAUGGGAUACCAGCAAUCAGCUCCAUCACACAGCAAGCGAGGAUCAUCCACCAUUACAAAAGGGAUUUUCGGCGCACCUCUGAAAUCAGCAUCUCUGUGCGGUUCAACCAACAGUUUUGGCCUGACUGUUCCUGAUCCUGUAUUUCGAUGCUUUGAGGAAAUCAUCAAGCGAGGUUUGCUUACAGAAGGUAUAUUUAGACUUUCGGGUGCAGCACCCGAAGUAGAAGGCCUCUUGCUUGACUUUGACAAACCACCAACCUAUGGGAAAUACUUGGAUUUGAAAGACAAUGACAUUCAUGCCAUUACAGGUGUAGUCAAAAAGUAUUUACGUCACCUGCCUGAUCCUGCGAUACCUACUGCUACUCAUGACAAAUUCAUCCAAUUAUACGAUGAAUCGCUAUCAGAUCAGUCUACCAUUGAAACAUUAGCAUCCAUGUUGCAUCGUUUACCGAAAGAGCACUUUCAUUUGAUUCACUACAUCAUCAUUCUUGCCUCGAAUAUCCAACAACAUGCCGAUGUCAACAUGAUGAAUCCGGAAGCACUGGCUAUUGUUUUAGCUCCAGUGUGUACAGGCCUUGAACACAACCUCAAGGAAAUACCGAGUUGGGUCAAACGUCAUUCUCGAGCUAAAAUGAUGGCAGAUAUGAGCCAUUUCAUAGAGACGAAUGCAAAAUGGACUCGACUUUGGACAUUGAUGAUUAAACACAGCGACAAAUUGCUGGACAUCUGGAAGCAUGUACCCUUGUGGGAAGUCCGUACAGUUCCCUGUCAUCCCUCUGCCUUUCAUUCUUCGUCUGCUGCUUCGUCCCACCAACAAGGUCGGCACUCAACAACCUUAUCACCUUUGGAACAAACUGAGUUGCUUCUGGAUAUUGCACCUCAGCGACGUCCUAGCUAUCAUAGUCAGCGCAGCGAUGAGUUAUACAAGGUGGUGGUAAUGAGAUCAAGGCAAAACACAUGCAAAUCACUGAAAAAGAACAGCAGUAGCACCACAAGCAGACGAUCGCCACCCACACUCAUGGACGACAGCAGCAUGAAAGUGCCAACCACGCCCAAAAGACACUCCAUGGUGCACACAUCCUCCUGA